AUGAUGAACCAAACACGAUUUCCUCGUCUCGUACACUACAAAUGGUGGAUUCGGGUGGGCCUUUACACCGUCUUCCUUCUUGCCGGCCAAUGCACAGCCACUCUUUUGGGGAGAUUAUACUAUGACAAAGGUGGAAACAGCAAAUGGAUGGCAACACUUGUUCAAUCUGCAGGCUUCCCACUUCUGCUUCCAUUUUUCUGUUUCUUCUUGCCCCGGGAAUUGCCCACCCCUGCCUCCUCCACUGACACUUCAUCCAUGAAACCGCCCCCCAUUUCCUCCCUUACUGGUCUCUACCUCGCCUUAGGCCUACUCUUGGCUGGUGACAACAUGAUGUACUCCUAUGGACUCUUAUACCUUCCGGUCUCUACCUACUCCCUCCUCUGUGCGACUCAACUAGCCUUCAAUGCUCUCUUUUCAUUCUUCCUCAAUUCCCAAAAGUUCACGCCUUUCAUCCUCAACUCUCUAGUCCUUCUCACCAUAUCACCCUCCCUUCUUGCCAUUCAUGGGGACUCAGACAACCCUACCGGAGUUUCAAAAGGGAAAUAUGUGAUCGGAUUCCUAUGCACUCUUGGUGCCUCAGCAGCAUACUCCUUGUACCUUUCCCUAGUGCAGCUAUCCUUUCAGAAGAUCAUAAAAAGAGAGACCUUCUCUGCUGUCCUGGAAAUGCAAACACACCCAUCAUUCGUUGCGACUUGCGUAUGUGUGGUUGGACUUUUCGCGAGUGGAGAAUGGAAGGAUUUGGGGAAAGAGAUGAGAGAAUAUAGGGAGGGCAGGGUGUCCUAUGUGAUGACUCUGUUUUGGACGGCGGCAACAUGGCAAAUUUCAUCGAUUGGGAUGCUGGGGUUGGUUUUCGAGGUGUCUUCUCUCUUCUCUAAUGUGAUCAGUACCUUGGCAUUGCCUUUGGUCCCAAUUCUUGCAGUAGUAUUUUUCCAUGAUAAGAUGGAUGGGGUGAAGGUGGUGGCCAUGGUGUUGGCAAUCUGGGGCUUCCUGUCCUACAUCUAUCAGCAUUAUCUAGAUGACUCCAAGGCAACAAAGAACACUGGGAAUGAGGCUUCUGCUGCUACCUUGGAGGUCUGUUAACUUGAAUUGACAUUAAUAUCUGAAGAAAAAGAUAUAUUUGGGACUUAGGAGUGAACUUAUAUACAGUUUUGGUUGGAGAAUUGCUAUUUGGUUUCUAAGGCUUCUAAUGCCCCUUUCACCUCUCUCUCUCUUUCUCUCUUGAAGGAAAAGAAACACAGGCACAUUGCUUGUUUUUUAGUUCAA